AUGUGGUAUCAGCAUCGAAGUUCGACGACAAGCACUGUUAUCGACGAUGGACGUAGAUUUUCGUGCCUUCCUAUGGACGAAAGGGUCGUGUUAAACGUUGGCGGCGUGCGACACGAAACAUAUCAAGCUACACUCAAGAAAAUUCCAGCUACACGCCUUAGCCGCUUGACGCCAUCACUCGCGAAUUUCGAUCCUCUACUGAAUGAGUAUUUUUUUGAUAGGCACCCAGCUGUGUUCGCACAGGUACUUAAUUAUUAUCGAACGGGUAAGCUGCACUAUCCAACGGAUGUUUGCGGCCCAUUAUUCGAGGAAGAACUCCAAUAUUGGGGUCUUGAUGCUAGUGAUACGGAACCUUGUUGUUGGAUGCAGCUACUUCAUGCAAAGGACACGCAGGAAACAUUAGCCGUACUUGAUAGAAUGGAUGUCGACAGAGAGGACGAUCCUCAACUUAGAGAACAAGAUACCAUGAAAAAAUUUGGAUGGGAGGAAGAUUAUUUUCAGGGCAAGCGUACCAAAUGGAUGUACUACAAACCUAGGAUAUGGGCGCUAUUCGAUGAACCGUAUUCAUCGCGUUCAGCCAAAAUUAUUGCUGGAAUCUCCGUAUGUUUCAUAUUCGUGUCGAUCCUUUCGUUCUGCCUGAAAACUCAUCCGAGCUUUCGUAUACCAGUGAUUGAAACCACUAAUGUGACAUAUCAUGGCCGUUCGGUAGUCGGUGUCACACGGCAAACGACCGAACCACAUGUCGCCUUCGGUCAUGUUGAACUUAUCUGUAAUAUUUGGUUUACGCUAGAAAUUAUUAUACGAUUUAUAUUCUGUCCUUCCAAAUGGGGUUUUCUUAAAUCACCGCUCAACAAUAUUGACCUGGUAGCAACAUUGUCAUUCUAUGCGGAUGCUAUAUUUAUCCGACUGCUGGAGGAUGCUCCAAAAGACGUCGUAGAAUUCCUUUCUAUGAUUAGGAUAUUUCGAUUAUUCAAGCUCACUCAACAUCAUCGUGGUCUGCAGAUCUUGAUUCACACUUUUCGAGCGAGUGCUAAAGAGCUGAUCUUGCUGGUUUUCUUCCUCAUUCUUGGCAUUGUUAUAUUUGCUGCUCUCGUUUACUACGCUGAAAAGAUGGAAGUCAAUCCAGACAAUCAAUUUCAGUCUAUUCCAUUAGGAUUAUGGUGGGCGAUAUGUACCAUGACUACAGUCGGUUAUGGCGACAUGACUCCCCAUACGUCGUUUGGAAGACUUGUUGGCUCGCUAUGUGCUGUCAUGGGCGUCUUGACAAUUGCUCUUCCAGUGCCGGUCAUCGUAUCCAAUUUUGCGAUGUUUUAUUCGCAUACUCAAGCUCGAGACAAGCUUCCGAAAAAGCGAAGACGUGUCCUUCCUGUGGAGCAGAUUCGAUUACAAGCGCGACGACAUGCCCAUGUUCUUGAUUCUAAUCCAAUCGGCGCACGCAGGAAUGCAUUUGUCAAUUUGUCAGAUCGUAAAAACAGUGAUGAUGAAGACUCGAAAACUAUGAUACCGCGAAUUGAUCCCGUGAAGAAAGAACGCAAAGAAUCAGCAGUCCACGAAAACCACUCAAACCUCGUGGACACCGUUGUGAAUCUCGCGGCUACGCGUACAUCAAACACUACAACGACCAUACCUUAG